UGUACACAUGACAAGUCACGUGUAGGCCUUACGGGUCGCCGCGCAAAAACCGGAAAGCACACAAAAUCGCGAGAGAAGGCGCCCGGCGCGUGUCUGAAGAACUUGAGCCGCGAAAACUUGGGUGGUCACUUAGAGGAAGAUUUCGGCGAAUUGUUACCGCAUUACACCUGACACGAUUUGAAUAAAAAACAAAUUCUCGGUGAAGAAAACAAUUACCAUCAGAGCAAGUACUCAGACACUCAGAUAAUUUUUUAAGUGUCUUCAAUAAAUCAUAAUAACAAUAACCAGGGCAAGUGAAAGUGCGAUCAAACAGCAAUAGCAAAAAGUGUCACCACAAGCAUGGAUCAUCAUUUGCAUCACCAUCAUCAUCACAACACCCCGUUGCAUUGGGGCUAUUCGAGUGUGGGUGGAGGCGGUGGGGCGGUUGCCGGUAUUGUGCCGGUUGCCAGUUCAACCCCCAACUCCAACGCUGCCAAUAGUCAACAACAGCAACAGCAGCAGCAUAACAACAACACGUGGACCCCGCCGUCAUCCAAGGGGACCAAGCGGACGUUGUCCGAGUCGCUGUCCGACGACGAUCUCUACUCGGAAGAGUCCUCCAAAGAACACACCUCACCUGGCGAAUCGGACAGCUGUCAACUGCUGAGUCGGAAGCGACGCCGGGGAGUCAUCGAGAAGAAACGCCGCGAUCGGAUCAACUCGUCCCUGUCGGAGCUGAAACGGUUGGUCCCGAGCGCGUACGAGAAGCAGGGCUCCGCCAAGCUGGAGAAAGCCGAAAUCCUCCAACUGACCGUGGAUCACCUGAAGCAACUGCACGCACGAGGACUGGACGAUGCCAGUUACGAUCCGCAGCGUUUCGCCAUGGACUACCACAUCAUCGGCUUCCGGGAGUGCGUCGCCGAAGUUGCCCGCUAUCUAGUCUCCAUCGAGGGCAUGGACGUCCAGGAUCCGCUCCGUCUCCGCCUCAUGUCCCACCUGCAGUGUUUCCUCACGCAACGUGAACUCUCCUCCAAGGCCAAUGCCAGUCCCGCGUGGUCCCACAGUAGUUCGUACCAAUCCGCCUACGCGCCACACUCCUCAACCUAUUACCAUCAGAACUACGCACCGCAGAGUGCGUCCUCUUCGGCACCGUACAUUCCGCAGGUUGCCACUAUCCCGCCACACGACCAAACGGCACAUCAAGUGCCACCGCACGCCCUCCAUGCGUCAGCAUACGCAACAAGUGCCACUGCCAGCGCACACGACCUCUAUUCGAGUCAACACGAUGCCUCUUCCGGCAAUCCACAGUCCCAACAACAGCAACAGUCACAAUCAGCUGACCAAAGUAACCCCACCUACACCGACAUCUCCAACCUGCGAGGCGGCUACGGCAAUGGGGCUGGCUACUCCGUAAGCACCUCCUCCCACGGCUAUAGCUCCACCUCCAACAGCUACAACAACAACUCGUCCAAACCUUAUCGGCCUUGGGGCGCUGAAAUGGCUUGCUGAAAAAUAAACCAUCAAAAAAAUUUCCCAUACCGGGAAUCGAACCCGGGCCUUCUGGGUGAAAGCCAGAUAUCCUAGCCACUAGACCAUAUGGGAUAUGAUGAUGUUUGGGCAGCUGGAUCAUUUCACAUCGCAACCGCUUUAAUCUGUACCAAAGUGAUAGAUUUCAUUCGAUUUCCUAUUGAAACAAUAAAAACCCAAACAGUAUAGAAGAGACAAUGAUCAACACUUACCUGUGUAUAUAGUGAUAGUGAUAACUCGCGUAACAAUUCAAAAGGGCCAAUCCUCAGAUCGUUGACUCUGAGAAAAUUCGAUUUGAAUAUUAU